AUGAAGACUUUUUACACCUUGUUUGCCGUAUUGGCUGUGCUUGCCGUGAAUCUGCCCGAUGCGUCGGCCCAGUUCGAAAACACGGUGGUAAGCCGACGAUCGAGUAUCUCCUCCGUGCUAACUUCGUUCAGCAACAACAUCCAGAGCAAGAUUACGGACUACAACAACAAGUUCACCAGCUUGCGCACUGACAUGAGCAAUCAGCUCACCUCGGCCAAGCAAACGCUGACCAGCUUCCUCACCGACUCGGUGAUCGGUACCAAUGCACUGGCGUCAUCGGAUGCCCUGGACGCGGCCAGUUCGACCCUUUCGGCUAGCGUUUCGGCGAACAUUCAAGUGACGGCCAGCGCCUUCGGUAACGUCGGUAGCUGUAUGAACACGAAGACGAGUGCCUCGGUCAACCUGGCGGUCGAUUCGCUAACGACGGCCAACAACUACUUUACGACCACCAUCAGCCGCUCGACGUCCACGUUCGCCAGUACGUGCCGCGGUCGCUACACCAACACGGCUAAUGACCAGAUGAACCAGUUUGCCGAUCGCAUUCAGGACUGCCUGAACAACGAGAACACCCAGCUGAGCCGCGUGUCCUCGAUCCUGAACAACUACAUGUCGCUGAUGCGCAAGAACUACGAAGGGCUGACCAACAACGUGCGCUACUGCUCCGGGCUCGGUUCCGUGUCCUCCCGCGCGGACACGAAGCAGGAAAUCAACGGUUGCCUCAAAUCGCUGUCUACUGUCGCGUACCCCAUCUACAAGGCCAACCUUGACCAACAGUUCGUCCUGGCCCGCACCAUGCUGCAGCUUGAGGUGGUCGCCUCCAACAACCGGGUGAAAUCGUGCAUCAACCAGGUCACCGUCACCUACCAGGCGAUGGCCACUGCCUUCCAGUCUGCGCUGGACACGUGCCUUGUUUCGGGCCAGUAA